UUUUAUCUUUCUUUUUCUUUUAAAAAUGGCUGCCUACGAACGUAUUGAAUUCGACGACUUGAAGACCUCUUUAGCUUCUUAUAUUGAUCUUGCCUCUUCUGCUCUGGGAUCUACCAUCGUGGCCGUGACAGAUGAAUUCUUUGCUCCUGCUACCAACAUGAUCAAUCCCGCUCCUCCCAUUCAUGCUCCCGGUCGCUUCAUUGACACCGGUGCUUGGAUGGACGGCUGGGAGAGUAAGCGUCACAAUCCCACUUAUGAUUGGGCUAUUAUCAAGUUGGGAUUUUCGGGAUCUUUCAAGGGUUUUGAUAUUGAUACACAUUAUUUCACUGGUAACCAAGCCCCUUUUGCAUCAGUGGAAGCCGCUUCUGUUCCUGAGGGAGAGGAUGCCGAAGCAGAGGAAGUGAAAUGGACCGAAAUUUUACCCAAGGUUGAAUUACCUCCUAGUCAACAUAACGUCUUUGUGUUGAAGGAUGAAACAGCAGUAUAUACCCAUCUUCGACUCAAUAACAUUCCUGAUGGAGGUAUUGCUCGUUUCCGUGCCUAUGGUAACGUAUCUCCUAUCUGGCCCGAGGAUAUCAACGCUGUCGUGGAUCUUGCAUUCUGUGGUAAUGGUGGCCGUGCAGUUGAAGUUUCCAAUCAACAUUAUACACCCGGAUCCAACAUUUUAUUGCCUGGUCGUGGACAAAACAUGGGAGAUGGCUGGGAGACAAAGCGAUCUCGUACACCAGGUCAUACUGACCAUGUUGUAGUGCGUCUCGGUGGUGAAGGUCAUAUUCUAAAGGCAGUUGUGGAUACUUCCAACUACUGUGGUAAUUACCCUCACAAGAUUAUCUUGCAAGCAACCAACAGCAAGGAUUUGGUGCCACAAACAGAAGAAUGGACUACCUUGAUUGAACCUGCAUCCACUGGACCUAAUGAUUUAUUCUAUUUUGAUUUACCUCAUACAGACAAAGUGUUUACACAUGCUAAAAUCGUCAUCGUACCUGAUGGAGGUAUUAAACGUCUCCGUUUAUUCGGUGUUCGUAAAGGAGGCGUGCUCCCCGCUCUUCCUCUUGACCUUGCAAAGUAAAAAAAUAAAUAAAUAAAUAAAACAAUCACCUUUAUUAUUAAAC